UGGAAUCAUUGUGAGCUUACCCUAACACCCUCGGAACCUCUGUGGCUCUGUCUCCCUCAGUUCUCAGACUCAAAAUUCUCUCCUCUCUCACUGCCUAGCCCACUAGAGUCUCUUUCAAUCUCACUCGAGUCUCGUCUCAGUCACACUCGCCGGCGUCUCGUUGUUCAUCUUGCCGACGUCUCGCGGCCUUCCUCGUCGUCUCACUCGAGUCUCAUCCCUGGGCUCAUCGUCGCCGGCGGCAGAGGCUACUCGUGGGGUCGUGGCUUGCUUCGUCGCGUUCCGUGAGAUCGUCAUCUUCUGGUUUCUGUUCGUCGUCAUCGCCGUGGACCGUGGACCGUUGGUGAGUCCCCGUUCUCUCUCUUGCAGAUUUUUCUUUUCCCUGUAUUUUGAGAUGUUGCUGAAUUGCUAAAAUCAAUUAAUUUGCCUUGUUAAUCUAAAUGUUGCUGUAAAUCAUGACUGAAUUAGGAAUUGUUGAAUUUGUUGUUGUAAGUUGAAUUUGUUACUGAAUUUGUUAUUUUAGGUUGAAUUUGUUGCUGAAAAUAUCACUGGCCUGAUUUUUUGAUUCAUGAAAAUCAUCUCUAAGUUGAAUUUGUUGCUGAUUAUCACUGAACCUUGAAUUUGUUGCAGUCUUGCUGAAAUAAUCAUUUAGCUAAAUUUUUUGCCACUGUAAAUAAUGUUUGGAGCUAAACUUUUUGUUGCUGAAAGUUAUCAUAGUUGAAUUUGUUGCUGAAAGUUAUCAAUGAACUGAAUUUUUUGCUGUAAGAAUAGAUUUUAUUUUUAGUAUUGAUUGAGUUGAUUCCUACACAGGCAGUAUUGAUUUGGUAUAAUUAGUUGAAUUUAGUUUUUAAUUAGUUGGUAAGAAUGCUAUGGAAGAUAUAGAUGCAAAUCAAAAUGAAGGCAAUGUUGGGCAAGCUCCAAAUUUGUCCGAUAAAGAUAUAGAUGCCGAUUUUGAGAUCACUCCUUGGACUUGAUUUAGUUAUUGUGUUAUGUUUUGCUCUCUUCAUUUAAAUUGAGAAAGUAUUUUGUACUGGUAACUAAUUUAUUUUCUAUUUUUACAUCAUUAGUUAUGUUUAAGAAUUAAUACUUGUUUGUUAUUAAUGUGUUUGUGAAGCCAUGCUUUUUUAAUUUUAAGCUUAUUUUUUGUAAUUUUAUAUUUAUGUUUAAUUGUGACCGGAUCAACCAGGUUGAUUACCGGUUUGGUUUUGAUAACUAUGAGUUGGAAUAUAUUCAUGUAUCAAUUAUAUUAUUAUAUUAUAUGCACACGUAUUCUUCUUCCCACCUUUUGGAUGCAGCUUUCAGGCUCAGGGAAGAAGCAGAGGAAGUAGUAUGCACAGUUGAGGAAUGGGGUUGAAGAAAAUGCUCAGACCAAUAGCAACACCACUACACCUACCGUCGCCGCACCCACUCUCUCCUCUUCCAAACCCUCCUCUCCCAUCUCCGCCGCCAGAUCCCUCCCUCCCCCCGCCACCACCAACACUCACAGUGACCCCAAUCCCCAACUCCCAAUACCACCGCCUCCUCAACUUUCUCAAGACCCAUCUUUCCCCACCUUUCACCCCAGAAUCCCUCCUCCAUUUCCUCAAAUCCAAGCUCCACCACCACCCUUCCUUUUCCCACUACGACUUCCACGUCUUCACCUGGGCCUCCUUCGUCGACUCCUUCCGCCACAACCACUCCACUUUCCAUUGGAUGGCCCAAACCCUAGCUCUCUCCCACCGCUUCCACCACCUCCGCAUCCUCCUUGAUUUCAUUGCCUCCAACCCUUGCCCCUGCUCCGACUCCAUCUUCUCCUGCCCCCACACCGAAUCCAUCUUCCGCUUCGCCAUCCACGCUUACUGCAAAGCCGGCAAAUUGGACGAAGCUGUCUCCUCGUUCCGUUCCAUGUGCAGGUUGAUCGACGGUAGGCCUAAUGUUGCCGUUUGUAAUAUCAUAAUUCAUGGAUUUGUGAAAUGGGGCAUGCUUGAUAGGGCUCUGGAGUUUUAUGAUGAGAUUGUUGGGGUUAGGAUUAGGCCUGAUUUGUUCACUUUUAACAUCUUGAUCAGUGGUUAUUGUAGGAAUUUGAAGUUUGGGUUAGCAUUGGAGAUGUUCAAGGAGAUGAGAAAGAUGGGGUGUGAGCCAAAUGUGGUUACUUUCAACACUUUGAUUAAGGGGAUGUUUAGGGAGGGGAAGGUUGAAGAAGGGAUUGGGAUGGCUCAUGAGAUGAUUUAUUUGGGGUGUGAGUUCUCCAAUGUCACUUGUGAGAUUCUGGUUCGUGGACUUUGCGAGAAAGGAAAGGUUUUGCAGGCGUGUGAGAUGUUAGUUGAUUUCUCCAGAAAGGGCGUUUUGCCUAAACGGUAUGAUUAUUUUGAUUUGGUGGAUGCUCUGUGUGGGAAUGGAGAUGUUGAUAGAGCAUUGAGGCUAAUUUAUGAGUUGUGGGAGAAAGGAUGUGUGCCUAGCUUGAUUGCUUGCAUUGUGAUGAUUGAUGGGUUGAGAAGAUCGAGGAACACUAAAGAAGCUUGGAGAUUAGUGGAAAAGAUGCUUAAAGAGGGUAUGAUACUGGAUGUUAUGACUUUUAAUUUUGUGCUUCAGGAUAUUUGCAAAGUGGGAAGAACAGAGGAAGCAAAUAAAUUAAGAUUACUUGCUUCGAGCAAGGGUUUGGAACCAGACGACAUGACAUAUAAAAUUUUGGUUAAUGGAUACACAGGAGAGGGCCGGAAAAUGGAAGGAGAGUCAGUGGUGAAUGAGAUGUUGGAUAGGGGAUUCAUACCUGAUCUUGCUUCAUAUAAUGAAUUAAUGAAUGCACUAUCCACAUGUCAACCACACUCUACCCCCCCGUCAGCCUAACAAACUUGACCACACAUAAUACAAGUGUAAGCCUAGGAUAAAUGAUAUAUGAAUGAUUGAGAGCUUAAUAUGAAUGAUUUAUUAAUGACAGUUGUCAUCCAUCAUGUGAAGUCAGCUGGAGCAUGAAUGAAGUUAAUCCGCAAGUCUUCUCUGAAGAUGGUCCGUACUCAACUUGCAUCCUCUUAGCCUAUUUGAUUAUAUUACAAGAUUAUAGAUUUAUAUGGAAUUGUCCCUGUUACACACAACCUAAAUCCUUUGAAUUACAAGACAUUAUUUUAACUGAGGAUGUCCUAUUGGAUCUAAUAGCAGAAUAGAAGUGGUGAUGUGGGUGCCAAUGUGCCAUCACAUAACCCCGGCUAAGGACCUGGGGAGAUAUUUUUGGAGGUAUGCGCUGUGAUUCUCAUUUUUGAAAGGGAAUGCUGAAGUUGAAAAGACAAUCCAAGCUAGGCAGCAUACACUAGUGGUUGCUGAGUACUUUGGAUAAUUGCAAUACCAUUACUUAAGUAUUGCCGUGUUUCUCUAUCUUUCCCAAAUUGUGUAAAUUAACAUUGCUACAGAUAGGAUUAGGAGGAGUAAAAAACACAGGACAAUACCAGCACCUUGAGAGGAAACAAAAAUACCAGAUCAAUAGCAUCUUCAUCAUCAUGCUACAAGUUGAAAGUGUAGCAAGACGACAUACAGUAUGUGUUUCUAAUGAAAUUGAAGUGCAGUGGGCAAUUAAGUACCUUCAAAUUAUACAAAAUCUGAAGAAAUCAUUAAGCAAAAACAGGAAGUUGGGCUCCAAUUAUUAUUUUAUAAAAUCCCAGAGAAACUUGCUAACGUUUUACAUAGUGUAUAAACUACUGU